UUCAUUGGUCAACGAUUUCCCGCACUUCUUCGAUCUUCUGCUGUAAACAAAGUGUGGAUACUCUGGAGACGAAGCAUAAAGUGAAGGUGGAGGAAGAUAUAGCAACGCAGAAUAUUGUACACAAACGUUGAUAUAUUGAGGCCAUUUGUCCUUACACAAUGAUGUUCCAAAAGGCAAUAACCACUAAACCAGGCUACAAUGUAGAUAAAGCCAGUCUCAAUGGUUUAGGUGCCGAUGGGCAGGUUGAGGAUUUAUUAGACAUCGCAAAUGAGGAACGUAAAGAGCUUGGUUACAAUGCACAUUGACAAGUCAACAUCAUGAACUUGAUGGAAGGAACAGAGCUUGGCUAGAAUGCACAUUGUCAAGACAACUUGAUCAAGCUAUUGCAUCUUGAAAAUUUGGAUGGGGGAAUGAAAUAGACUUCACCUUGGAUGCCAUUUACAGUGAUAGCAUUACAGCCUAGUGAGCAAAUGGCAUCUAAAAGACCUACUUUUUCAGAAGAGAAUAGACAAAAAACAAUGCAACGCGGAAACAUCAAGAGGCCCAAGAAGCUUCUCUCUGAUAGAUUUGGGUCUAUUGCUAACAUAGAGAGCAAUCUGAAAACUCGUCAGAGGGAUAGCUGUUGUGCUAGUGUCCAUCCCCUGAACCAGGAGCUGAUAGAUUUUGAAACUGGAAAACUUAAAAGAACAUAUGACAAUUUGAGAGUAAAUGUUAAACUUGAGUUAAAAGAUCAAGAUAUUGCUGUACCAGAAUUAAGCUACAACCAAACGACAUGCAGUCCAUCAUUGGGUAGUACAUGUGGGAACGAUUUUGAUGGGUCAGCUUCAUACAUCAAAGGAUCUAUGAAAACCAAGCCAUAUGAACAGAGUGACCUCAAUAUACAAAAUGCUGAAAGUCAUGACAGAUAUGCAACAGAAGGGAAUGCUUGCACCAAAGGAAACUUAAAAGUUUCAGGGAAGGAACGUGUUGUAAUUCAUGCACAAAAAGGGUCCCUUGUGGACAUUCAACACCAACCAGUGUUAUCUAGUGAAACAGACAAGGGUACUGAUAAGACCUCUGAAGCCCUGAAAAGGCCAUUUUUUUAUGCUGAACAGAACUGUGUUCCUCCUAAGAAAAGAUACGGCAUACAAAAGGAGAGUAAAAAAUUGGGUCACUCAGUUUCAGAAAAUAAGAGCAAAAAUGAUGUAGUGAAGGGCCCACCUGGUUGUGCUCAAAAUUAUAUGCAGCAGGGAGAGUCAAGACGAAUGUCUUCUUGUCCAGAGCAGAGUGGUUCUGAUGGUGUAAUGCUUUUUGAGGGAAGGACUUUAUUGAAAGGGGGUGUAAAACCUCGCCACAUUCCCAAAACUGUUGUUGAGAAAGAUGUCAGAGGGCCUCCAACUGAUCCAAGAGUGUUAAAACCAGAUUAUGGCCUACGAAAUGGAAUAAAAGAAUAUAAAGUGCUACUGUGGCACAAAGAUUGGCUCUUCGAUUACACACGCAAGUUGGUAGAAGCAAGAAAGUCACAGUGGGCAAGAGAACAUGAGCGAUUUAAUGCAUGCAAGAAUAAGGAAAAAAAUUCAGAAGAUGGAUUUAGUGUAAAGAAACAAUACCAAAAUACCAAAACUGUAGAAAAGAGAAACAAUGAAUUGCUGUCAUCAGUGUCAGAAAAGCAGAUGGAAGAUGAAAAUAUUAAAACACUUAAAUCUGCAGUAUCGGAUCUUGUUGAGAAUAUCAGAAAUAGUGGUUCUUCUACUAAACAGUGCUUUGAAUAUGAUCAUUCUCAUAAACAAACAGCCGUGGUGCAGAAAACUCGGGAUCCUCGUUCAAACAAUGAAGGCCAACAGCUUUGUAACAUUACUGAAAGAGUGUACCAUAAUAGUAGUGAAGCAGAGCAAGUAAAUGGUCAUAAAGCAGUAUACAAAUACUAUGCAUCAAAGGGAUGCCGAAAAAAAAGUGAAGAGAUACGCGUAGUUCCAAAGUAUGAUGCAAAGCUAAAGUAUUUAGAUAAAAAUUCUCCUGAUGGAGUCUCGUGUUUUGGCAAAACUGGAACAGUGUUAAGAGAUCCCAGCAAACGUAACUUGUCAAAAUAUAUCUCUGGAGACAAAGAGUUAAACUUGUUGUCUACCAGUGCCAUGCACUCAACAUAUUACAAUAAGAACUUGUCUCCUAUUUACCAGGAAAGACAAAAUGAUAACAGUCACAAGAAAAGGUUCCCAGUAGCCUACAAAGGAAAAGAUAGACAUUUGGACAAGUUUCCUCAGUUCAGUCAGCACAAUUGGUACUAAGAAAUUGUAAGGUUAUAUUUGCAAAAGUGUCAUGCAUGCAACUUAAUUGCAUGUAUGUUUUGUACUGUGUUGUAGAAAUCCAGAGAGUUCUAGAUUCAUUUUAUUGAAGAGGUGACGUGUAUGUAAUUUUGUAUUGUGAACAAUGUAAAUACAAGACAUUUUGAGGGCUGUUGUGGACCGUCUGGAAAGUUCUGUAAACGUGGAUAUUUUUGCAUGUUGUUAUUUUCUUCUCUUCCCUUGCAAACCAUAUGUGUAGGAUGUUAGUGUCAUUAAUGAAUAAUUGCAUAACUAUGGUUUUAGUAUGAGUGGUGUAAUUGGUAUGAAACUUGUGUAAUCGCAUAUUUAGUGUAAAUAUUAACCUCCACACUUAAAUUUCCAUGUUUACAGUACUUUAGUAUGAUGUUACAAUGAUGCAUAUACAUAUGAUAUCUGAUUAUGAAGCAAGGAAUGCAAACUCGUGGUUUUUAUUUGUUUGUCUUUAGACGGAACGUAUUAUGAUAUGGUGAUUGUGUCCGUCCAUCCCACUUCAUGUCCAGCUCACAACUUAUAUACUGAGACCUAGAGUCAUCAAACUUUUUCCAGCUGAUGCAUCUUGGGUAGGGGGUGGUUCACACUUUAGAGUUAGGUCCUUGUGACCUAUGAUUAAGACGAAAAGGCCAAAUAUUGCAAAAUCCUGUCCGACUGCACAAUUAUUUGGUCUAGAGGCAUCAAACUUGGUCAGUUAAUGCAUUUUAAGAAGGUGUAUCGCACCCUAAAUCACAGUCACUGUGACCUAUGAUUAAUAUGAUAUGGCAUAACCCUUUUUUCAGUUCAUAUAAAUAUGAAUCCUAGAAUCAACAAACUUUUUUAAUUUGUGCAUCUGUAUAGAAAUGUAAAUUUUAGCUUAAAGUUGUGUCAUUAAAACUUUUAAAAUUGUAAGUAUUUAAAAAAAAAAACUCGAUGCUUUAAGGGGGUUAGAGAGUAAUGCAUUUAACCCCGUUCAAUAAUCAUUACAUCAGGAAAUGCACUUUUUUUUCAUAAAAUGUUGCUACUUAACAAUAUGCCGGUUUCGAGAUGUGUCUAGGAUUAUUUCCCUUUGGAAACCUCUCGUACAUAGCGAGAUCAUCACUGUGUAAGUGAAUGUACUCGGUAAGUUUCUCAUACGCUGUUUGAUCACUCAAAUUCAGCUGAUACACAAACUAAGUAAGUGAUAAGUAUUUAGGGCAUAAUAUCACGUUAUUUUGUUGGUCAUAAAUACCAUAUCUAAGAUAUUACUUGCAAAUAUGACAUUGUUUUUGUUUCCACUUCAGUAAAACAUUUCUUUUGACAGUAUUUUGUAUUUCCCACAUUUACAUAUUUAAAGAGAAGCCGCUUUUAAUGCAUUUCAUCGUCUUCCUCGUUGACUGUAGGUCCAAUCUGUCCCUCUUUGGCAUUCAAAGUUCCACUAAAUGCACCUCCUACACAGAAGAAUUCGUAUCUCAAAACUGUCGUAUUCACAUGAAUACUUAUUUUGUUUCUAACAUUAAUGAUAUAGAUAUAUGCAGCAUUGUACUUCAAAAUUUGCAGACUUCAAAAGCUCAUCACAGAAUUGUCUCGUUCAUUUAUUCAAUAUUUCAUGUCUGUCCAUCUAAGAUUCCAUUAGCCCCUUAGAAGUAAGCCAUGGUGUUUCCAAUCUAAUUAAAAUUAGCUGUUUUGAAUCUGUUGUACCGCAUUUUGAAUCUGCUUUACCACCUCUGGAAGCAGUAGCGGAUUCAAAACAGCCUAAUUUUAAUUAGAUUGUUUUGUUUCAUAGUCCGGCUGGAGAUUCAAAGAUCAUUUUGAUAAGAGCUAAUUUUGAUCUGUCCAGUUAAAGAUUAAUUAAUUUGUAUAAUCUUUGUUCAACCCAAAAUAAGUAAUUCAUACCAUGUGAAAGAAAUUAUCUAAGUAUAUGUUGUGAAAUGAAAAUGUUUUUGAAUAUUUCUGUAGUUAUUUGAACAAUUCAAGAGAUAUAUACUGACAAUUCAUUGCAAUGUGCAAUAGACACAUCUUGAUUUUACCUCAGACCUAAAAGCAAAGAUAUUGGUGCAAUCUUUGUACCAAUUAAAGUUGACAUGAUUUUGUGUUGCACACUUUCAUCUGUUUAUAAUAAAUAAACAUAUUUUGUGCCGUGGCGGUGUACUUUAUUUUGUUUUAAAGAAAUUGUUACAUUUUCAGCAUGAAUUUCAUGGGUUUGAAAUUACACAGGUCUGGGAAAUUGUGAUUUUUGACUCGGAAAUUAAAAACAUCUGAAUGACUUGGUCAUUGAAUAUUAAACAAAGAUGUAUGUGUCAAAUCUAAAUUAAAAUGAAUUGAUGGAAAUACAUACUCCAUGUUUACUUGCACACUAUUGUUAAAUAAAGAUAAAAAGUUUUCCAAUGGCUUAAAUUAAUUUGCAGUAUAACAAAUUCUGAAAUUGAGUGGACUUUGACUUGCUAAAAAUAAAGACCUUUUAAGUCCAGAUUUUAGGGCUGUCAAACGUAGGCAAGUUCACUUUUGAUCUUGGUCUCUUUUUCACAAUUCAUUCAAUGGAAGUACAUGUAAGUCUUGUAGUAAAAAUGAGCUUAUCAAGUUUUUUGACUUGGGAGUCCAGACUUGAGCAUGUGGGGGGAAAAUUGAACUCCUGAAAUUUUUGAGGAGUUUUUUUUUAAGUUUAAUUCACUUGUAAUCAUUUACAUCUGUUGAUAUUUAGAUUCAUAUGGUAUCUUUAAAUUUUUGUGGAAAGUUGAUGGACAAGUAUUUUUAAAAAGUCUAUUCAUGUAUUUUAGCUUAUUUGUACCACAGGCUCAUGUGAACUUUUCUGAUGAGAGAUUGUAUGUAUGCUGUUUUUGAAAUUUUCUUUAGAACAGAGUUCCUUUCAGUUAAAUUAAGGGUCAGGCUCAUGUCUACAGAGAGAUAUUUAAGAAAUGGUGAAAAAUAGGAUCUAAUUGGAAAAAUGAAAAUUACAUGAUAGGGGCUCUCUCUCUCUAUCUCUCUCUCUCUCACAUAUUUCCUGCAGACACAAGUUUAUUUCAGAGGCAUUGAUAGUCAAGAGUGGGCCCCUGCCAUAGUAUGGAUGCAAGUUUUAAAGGGAAAUAACAUAUAUGCAAGAAAAAUAUAAUUGAGAAAAAUUUAACUACAAUUAGUCAAAAUGAUAUAUGCAAACAUUGUUAUGUAAUGUUGAUUUGACUUUGUGAAAACCAUUACCCACUGUUCCUGGUGUUGUAAUAUUUGUAUAGAGAACACUUUAAAUGACAAGAAGGCCACUUUUCUUGAAAAUCACAGUGUAAAUUAUAGUUAGACACUUGGUAAUUUUAAAAAAUUCCCUGAAAAUAUGUAAAUGCUGAUAAUGGUGUCAAAUUAUAAGACUUAAAGGUACAAUAAAGGGUUCAAAGUUUAUUUAUUUGACAAAAUUGAUAUCUGCAAGAGUUAGUGUGCAUUGUAAGUGUUUGUAUUGUUUAUAAUUGUUUCUUCAAAUGCCAAGAAAGUGGAAUUUUAAUCAUGUAGUAACUUGUCACUACAUAUUUUUGUUGACACUUCAUUGAUGCCAUACUCAAAGAAUAUGUUCCAUGUAAAGACUUCUUGUAGCUACAUGUACUAGUAUUAUAUAUGACUUGUGAGUAGAUAAAUGUUUCAUAAUGUAUUUGAACUGAAAA